AGGGGGGGACAAUGUCUGAAGGGACAGAGGCCUGAGGGGACAAGGCCUGAGGGGGCCAGGCCCUGAGAGGCCCGGGGCCCGGUCCGAGGCUGGGCGGCCAGGGCUGUGCAAGGGCGACGCCGCCCGGCCGGCCGCGGUGCAGCCCCGCGCAGGAUCCAUCCCCUGCAGCCCUGCAGGAGCUCCCCCGGCCCUCGGGGCACCCCCGGGCGGCUGCCGUGGGGGCAGCUUCUCUGUUCCGUACCGCCUGAAAGCCUCGGCAGCCACCGGGGUUUGUUAGGGAAGGCUCCGGCUGCGUUUGCCUUCGGAGCAAGCCGAGACAGGAGAUGGCAGAGAUCUCGUACCAGGCAGCCCGUUAAGGCAGAGGAAGACGACCGACUUUAUUUGCUAGAAAUAUAAACUUCAGUUUAUAACCCAGAGUAACAACACUCAGAGGAGGGCUCAGGAUUAUUUUUUUUUUUCAAGGAAGAUCUGUAACAACACUCAGAGGAAGGCUCAGGGUUUUUAUUUUUAUUUUUUUUCAAGGAAGAUCUACCCCAGCAGAGUGCUUGAGGCAGUGAGGAUUAGUCAUGAUUUCCCACUUGCAGGUGUGAGGAUGUUUGGGAACGGGCUCGCGCUGAGGAUGUGCCCUGUAACGGAGCGCUCUUGUGUAAGCUUCGGCCUGGCACUGCUGCAAAGCAAAAAUCAUCCACAAAAAGGAAACUUGGGAAGGAAUGAAAGGAAAAGGUUUUAGCUCGCAUGCACCAAAAUACAGAUAACAACAAGCAUUUCUGUGCUUUCCUGAAAAUGAGACGGGACUCUUCAGAAAAACAAGAUGAUACAUCCAGUCUCAUUUGCUUUGUAAUUCUCCUCCUCAGUCAGAGAAAACAAUGCAGAAGAAAAUGAUACUGAAAUAAUUCGCCUCCAAGAAUUUUUCUUGCCUUAUAAAACAAACAAACAAAAAAUAACAGAGCAGUGCAGCUAUGUGGAUUUUGAGACUACAGGGGGAAAAUGGCUUUGAAGGAUUUAAACAGUGCUCACACCACACAAAUUUUGAGUUCUUGUUCAAAAAAAGGCCCUUGUCAAAUAGAGUCACUUUUGGCUUUGCUAAUAGUUUUGCAAGGCCUGCCUGAAAUUUAGCACUACCCAAAGCCUGUACUACACUUAUUUCCACUGUUACUAGGUUAGGUUAACCCUUGUCAUCUUUUAUUUACAUUGUAAGUCUAUGAAAUCUUUUGCAGAGCAAAUGUUUUAUGUAAAUAUAUAUGAGGUUUCUAGGGGACUGACAGGCUAUAAAAUAAAGGUUCAAGUUCUCUUCCACCUCCAAUUCUACACUUCUAGAACCUCAGAAUUCAGAGAAACUGGUGUGUUUUAAGACAAAGCACUCCUAUUUGUCUUGUCCUGCCUGCGGCUCCCACCAGUAGAUAAAUCUUUCUCCUAAAAAUGAGCACAGCCUACCAUACCUCUGAUAGCUGCUCUGCUUUCCCAUGACCCAUAUUCAUACAUGUCAUGUUCAGAUAAGAAGGAGGCACAGUACUGACUAAUGCCGCUUUUUGGACGGAAAAUGCCAAAAGCUAUUUGAAACAGGAAUAGAAGUGCCAGCAAUACAUGAUAGAUGAACAGCCGGUAGCAAAGGUGGCAGCUCUAGCAUUUCCCUGUAUUAUGGAGUGUUGUCAUGAGGGAGUAUCGGCUGGAUGUGUUUCUCUGGGCUGGAUGCUUAUCUUGAUUCAGCACCGCCCUGAGUCCCAGAGCAGGGUGUAGGAGAGCAAAUGUGUUUCCUUCAGCACAAGUGAGUGCCGCUCCUGCUCUGGAGCUGUCAUCGGGAGCGUGGGCACGGCCAUGCCCCUCGCCUACCCCCCUGCUCCCAGUCUGUUCUCAUAUUUUGUCUAACAGCACUCGCUCCUUAUUAACAUAACUAUAGCCUCUUUGUGCCCCCCGACAGAAGAAAUCCUGCACCAGAAUAAAUUUCAGGGGUGACAGAUUGGAACGGUUUGACCAGAUGAUGGCACACAACUGUCGCUGAGAUCAGCAGCACCUGUGGCUUCACACCUCUUUGGCUUUGGCCCUGGGUGGGAGCAGUGGCUGGCACUGCUGCUCGCCUGCUUCUGGCUUGUCCUUGCCGCUGGACACUGGGCAGCAGAGCAGAGACGAGGGAUUAAACUCUGGGAAGGAGGUGGCAGUGGCUGCAAUAAGCAGUUACCUGUAUUUAUGUGUUCCCUGAAGCUCAGUUAUGCUAGAGCCUAGGAAAAAAUGUGGUGUUCUAGUUCAUGGAAAGCAAAAGUGUGUGUGGUGGUCCUCCUGCAGGCAGUGCCCUGUGCAUGGAGACUGGAGGCCAGCCUGGAGCCCAUAAGGGCGAGGAACAGUCCUAGUCCAUGGGGAUAAAUGCAAACAGAUUUAUUUGAAGCUGCGUCCUGCCAGAGCACCUUCUAGAGGGAAGGGUUUUUGUCUCUUUUGCUGCGGGCUCUGACUACAGCUUGGUCAGGCGAGGUGAGGUGAUGUGGCAGAUACCUCUUUGCCCCCCACACUGUCUGGGGGGACGUUUGCAGCCUCUAGAUUCAGGUGCUCUCAGAGCUACCUGCUGCAGGAUGGCCUGGCACAGGACACCCCUGUGGAAAGGUAUCUAUGGCAGGGGGCUUGGACCUAGAUGACCUUCAGGGUCCCUUCCAACCUGAGACAUUUCCUGAUUCAUUCUGAGGUGCCAGGAGGCUGCAGGGAGAGAUGGGGGGUGCAGUGCCUCAACCCCUGCCCCUCCCAGGGCAGUUUCUAAGCCCCUGAACCCCACACUUCACACUUUUGAGCCCAGCCGGGUGCUCUGCGGGCUUGCACGGAGCCCCCAGAGCCCUCCCCGGGCAGAGACCCGCUGUGACCCCCAGGAGCUGGGGGACCCCCGCAACAGCCCGGGGCCGGGGCCGACCUCUGCGGGCGGGCAGCGGGGAUCUCCCCGGCCCCCGAGCAUCUCGGCGCCGGCCUCAGAUAUACCUCUGGGCUGGAGGGCUCGUCCCCAGCUGGGAGGAGCCAGCAGCGGAGCUGCUGUAAACAGUGCGGGCACCGCCGGCGGCUGGAAGAUGGAUAUAAAUAGGGAGGCGGAGGGGAGGCAGCCGGAGCGGAGGAGCGGGAGCUGCCUGCGCCUGCCUCUGCCCAGCAGCCCGGGUCGGGAGCUCCCGAGAGGCGGCGUACAAAGUUUGCGGCUCGGCGCUGCCGGGGCAAUAGGUAUCAACCCAGAGAAUUUUUCAUCCUGAAGCAUGGGUCUACUUACCUCCAAGCACCUGGCAGAAAACUUCAUUUUCCUUCUGUUUGUAGUCUCCUCUGCAAGCACAGCAGAAGCAGCUGUGAUAUGUCCUGAUAAGGAUCCUGAGCUACAAAACUGGAACCCAGGUCACAACGAAGAAAACCGCAUUGAAAUCCGUAACGGCAGGAAGCUUCUUCUCUCUUCUUCUGGAACUGUCCACUCGAUCCACAUCGCUGAUGGAGGAAAAUUGGUCAUUAAGGACGAUGUGCAGCCUAUCAUUUUGCGUACUAGACAUAUACUCAUCGAAAAUGGUGGAGAGUUACAUAUCGGCAGUGAGAUGUGCCCUUACCAAGGCAAUGUGGUUAUCAGCUUGUAUGGGCGAGCGGAUGACGGCAGCCAGCCGAAUCCCUACUUUGGGCGGAAGUACAUUGGAGUGAGUAAGGGUGGCACUCUCGAGAUCCAUGGAAAGAAAAAAUUGUCCUGGACUUUCUUAAACAAGACUCUUCAUCCUGGUGGCAUGGAAGAAGGUGGAUACUACUUUGAAAGGAGCUGGGGCCAUCGGGGUGUCAUUGUCCAUGUCAUUGACCCAAAGACAGGGGAAGUUGUCCAUUCAGAUAGGUUUGAUACGUACAGAGCAAAGGAGGAAAGCAUACGUCUUGCCCAGUAUUUGGGCAGAGUUGCAAAUGGCAUGAUCCUGUCAGUUGCUGUGAAUGAUGAAGGAUCUAGAAACUUGGACGAUUUGGCCAGGAAAGCAAUGACCAAACUGGGCAGCAAGCAUUUCCUCCACCUUGGGUUUAGGCACCCAUGGAGUUUUAUUACUGUUAAAGGAAAUCCCUCCUCUUCUGUUGAAGACCACAUUGAAUACCAAGGUCACAAAGGGUCAGCUGUCGCCAAAGUAUUCAAACUAUUCAAAGCUGAGAAUGGAGAACUUUUUAAUGUCUCUUCGACUAGUGAGUGGGUUCAAGAUGUAGAAUGGACAGAGUGGUUUGAGAAGCCUGAUAAAGCAAGAUCUAAGGACAUGGAGAAGCUUUCUGACUUCAAAGCUGCUCAUCCUGAUAAAAUCUGUAGGCAACCCAUUGAUAUCCAGGCCAUGACACUUGAUGGAGCUAAUUUAACAACCGAGGUUUUCUACAAGAGUGGCCACGACUAUCGGUUUCUGUGCCACGGCAAGGACCAGACAGGUGAAGGUUGCCGGAACUACAGAGUACGGUUCCUGUGUGGCAGCUCUGUGAAACCAAAGCUUACGGUAACCAUUGACACCAAUGUGAACAGCACAGUCCUGAAUCUGGUGGAUGAUGUGAGCUCAUGGGAGCCGGGAGACAGGAUUGUGGUUGCGAGCACUGACUACUCCAUGUACCAGGCGGAGGAGUUUCAAGUGCUGCCAUGCCCAUCCUGCAGACCCACCCAGGUCAAGGUAGAAGGGAAAGCAGCAUACCUCCACGUUGGCCAAGUCAUCGACGGUGUCGACAUGCGGGCAGAAGUGGGGCUGCUGAGCCGCAACGUCGUGGUGAUGGGCGAGAUGGAGGGGCGCUGCUAUGAGUACGGCAGCAAGCUGUGCUCCUUCUUUGAUUUCGACACCUUUGGAGGACACAUCAAGAUUGGUCUUGAUUUUAAGGCUACCCAUAUCGAAGGCCUAGAAUUGAAAUACAUGGGACAGCAGACAAUGGGACAUUACCCAAUUCAUUUCCAUAUGGCUGGAGAUGUGGAUGAAAAAGGAGGCUACAACCCUCCAACGUACGUGAAGGAUGUCUCCAUCCACCACACCUUCUCCCGCUGUGUUACUAUCCAUGGAUCCAAUGGCUUACUGGUGAAGGAUGUUGUGGGUUAUGAUGCACUGGGCCAUUGUUUCUUUACGGAAGAUGGACCAGAAGAGCGCAACACGUUUGAUCACUGCCUUGGACUGCUUGUUAAACCUAGCACACUGCUCCCCUCUGACCGGGACAGCAGGAUGUGCAAGCUGAUCACAGAGGGAGCUUACCCAGGCUACAUCCCCAAACCCAGGCAGGACUGUAGCGCUGUAUCCACCUUCUGGAUAGCCAACCCACACAACAACCUUAUAAACUGUGCAGCUGCGGGAUCUGAAGAAACAGGCUUUUGGUUUGUGCUGCACCACGUGCCGACGGGGCCCUCGGCGGGCAUGUAUUCCCCCGGCUACUCGGAGCACAUGCCGAUGGGGAAAUUCUCCAACAACCGCGCGCAUUCCAACUACCGGGCUGGAAUGAUCAUCGAUAAUGGCGUUAAAACCACUCCAGCCUCAGCCAAGGACAAAAGACCUAUCCUGACACUGAUUUCUGGGAGAUACAGCCCACACAAAGAUGCUGAUCCUUUGAAGCCCAGGGAACCUGCAAUAAUCGAGCGCUUUAUUGCCUACAAGAAUCAGGAUCACGGAGCCUGGCUGCGGGGUGGAGAUGUGUGGCUGGACAACUGCCAGUUUGCAGACAAUGGCAUUGGGCUGACCUUGGCGAGUGGUGGGACCUUCCCUCAUGAUGACGGCUCAAAGCAAGAAAUCAAGAACAGCCUAUUUGUCGGCGAGAGUGGAAACCUGGGCACGGAGACUAUGGACAACGAGAUCUGGGGACCUGGAGGCCUGGAUCACAGAGGCAGGACCCUGCCAAUCGGCCCGAACUUUCCUAUUCGAGGGAUCCAGUUCUAUGAUGGCCCGAUCAACGUCCAGAACUGCACCUUCCGGAAAUUUGCUGCCCUUGACGGUCGGCACACGAGUGCCUUGGCCUUCAGGCUCAAUAACGCCUGGCAGAGCUGCCCCAACAACAACGUGACCGACAUCCAUUUUGAAGAUGUCCCUAUUACCUCAAGGGUCUUCUUUGGAGAACCUGGACCCUGGUUCAAUGAUCUGGAUAUGGAUGGUGAUAAAACAUCAGUUUUUCAUGAUGUAGAUGGCUCUGUGUCUGAAUAUCCAGGCUCAUACCUGAUAAAAGAAGAUAACUGGCUAAUCAAACACCCUGACUGCAUCGAUGUGCCCGACUGGAGAGGUUCUAUCUGCAGUGGACACUACGCACAGAUCUACAUCCAAGCCUACAAGCCAGCCAACCUCAAAAUGAAAAUAAUAAAAAAUGACUACCACAAUCACCCACUCUACUUGGAAGGGGCUUUGAGCAAAAGCACUCAUUACCAGCAGUAUCAGCCAGUUAUAACUCUGAGGAAAGGCUACACCAUCCACUGGGACAAGACGGCCCCUGAAGAGCUGGCCAUAUGGCUCAUCAACUUCAACAAGAACGACUGGAUCCAAGUAGGGUUUUGUUAUCCUAGAGGGACGACAUUUUCCAUCCUGUCAGACAUUCACAAUCGUCUCUUGAAGAAAACAUACAAAACUGGAACCUUCUAUAGAACCUCUCAGAUGGAGAAACUGGAGUACAGAUAUCCUAGCAAGGGAUACUACUACUGGGAUGAGGACACUGGGCUGCUGUUUCUGAAACUUAAAGCUCAAAAUGAGAAGGAGAGAUUUGCUUUCUGCUCUGUCAAAGGCUGUGAACGAAUAAGGAUCAAAGCUGUGAUUCCAAAGCACGCUGGUGUCAGUGACUGUGAAGCCAUGGCCUAUCCCAAGUACAUUGAGACGCCCAUAGUAGAAGUGCCAAUGCCUAAGAAGCUAUCAAGUACACAGCUGAAAACAAAGGACCACCUACUGGAAGUGAAGAUAGAAACUUAUAAGAAGCAGUACUUCCACCUAAAAGACGACUUUGCAUACAUUGAGGUUGAUGGUGUAAGGUUUUUCCUCACCGAUGAGGGUAUUCAACUGAUUGUGAUUGAUGGACAUCACGGGAAAGUGGUUGACCGAGUAACAUUCAAGAAUUCAAUUCUACAAGGAAUCCCAGCACAGAUCGAAAACUAUGUCAACAACAUCAAAGAUCACUCUAUAGUGCUGGUGACGUCUAAAGGAAGAUUCAUUUCAAGAGGACCAUGGACUAAAGUACUGGAGAAACUUGGAGCAGGAGAGGACUUUAGGUUAAAAGAAAAAAUGGCUUUUGUUGGAUUCAAAGGCAGCUUCCGUCCUGUCUGGGUGAAGCUGGUCACUAAUGAGGACUCAGCUAAAAUCUACCAAGCACUGCCAAUUCCUGUGGUGAAGAAAAUGAAAUUAUGAGGACACGACGCCUCGCCUUCUGGCUGCCAGCACUGCCCCCAGUCGGAUGGACUACUGACUGCUCACGACAGGCACAUCACCAGCGUGCUCCAGCAGUGUAGCAUUUUCUUGUUGUUGUUGUUCAAAAAGAAAUCUUACUGUAAGUAGCUAGAGUGGCCACAUGUGACGGAAACGCAUUCCUCUGCCAUCAGCACAUAUCCCGCGAUCAUCAGCUCCUCACCAGUUGACUUGCUCACUGAUGCCCUGUUGGCGCUCGUGUCACUAAGCAAGGUUUGACCGGAUUUACAAGGUGCUGGUUUUAUCAGCACGCCCACGACAGACUUAAAAAAGUUAUUUGCUGUCUCUCAAAGGGUCAGCUCUAGAGCUAAAGGACACUGAAGAUUAUUGUUUGUACCAGACUCUAAAUUGUUCAAACACUUGUGUUUUCUUUUCAUGAUGUACCUAGCCAAUUUGAAGGCUGGUUGAAAAUCAAAGACAGCAAGAGUGUAUUUGAAUGGUUACCUAGAUGCUAGGAUAACUGGACAGCAAAAAUUUACCCUAAAGUUCCUGUGACAACUGAUCAAGCUCUUUGGGAUCUGUAUUAUAAACACUAACCCAUGGCACAUAGAUGGGGAAGAGAGGAGAGAGGAGCAAAUAAAGCAACACCAACAGAGAUUGGUGCAACCACAUAUUUCUGAUUGCUCAGAAAACUGUGAUUCUCCUAUAUGAAUUCAGGACUUUCAACAGUGGUUACUCAAACAGGAGGUCUUCCUUCAACAUGUAGCCAUAGGAUCAGAGGAAAGACCUGUCACUCAGCACAUACACUUCCUCAGCCUCUCCCAUCCAGUUCCUCCAUCUAAUAAUGUUCAGGGCCAAUCUGGAAGGUUUAUGGUAGCCAGUCAAAGGGAGCAUUUGCUCGUGGUUUCCCAUUUUCAGCUGGGGAUACUGGGACUUGGGUUGCUCAGCCACAGCUGGGUGAGCAGCCCUUAUCUCUCCAGGGGUGUUGGAGGGAAUAGGAAGGGCUGGUCUGCUGUGUGUUGCUUCCCCACCGCGUCCUUAGGCUUAAGGACAGGUGUGUCUUGACCUCCUGGAAGAGCUGCAUGAAAUCUAGGUGGAAGGUGGCAGAGGUAGAAGUCUUUGAGGUCUUACCAGGAAGCUGAAGAAUUAGAGUGGGAAUCCCCAUACACUAGUUGAAUGUCUUGUGGCUCCUUUCCCCCCUUCUUCAAAGCACUAGCUGGGGAAUGAAGGCAUAUGAGUGUGAGUCAGCACUCCUGGGGGACAUCUCUUGAAGCUGGGAAAUUAAAGAUUGUCUUGUAAACUGUUGUAAGCACUUCCAGUCUUCAGUGGUAUCUCUGCCUGUUGCUCAGAAGUGCCAUGAAAGCAUAUGCAGAGUCUGUGGCUGUUAUGAGGAGGAAUUAGAGAGAGGAUGAAGAGCUUUGAAAAGCACAUAUAAUUGUCAAUUUUGCCAGUAAUAUCUGGGUUUGUUCCCUAAUUUGUCUUUCCCAGCCCACGCUGCUACAGAAAUUAUUCUUGUUGCUUAUAGUUACUUCUAUUUGUUCUGGUUUAAUUAGAGCUUCGAUAACUAAAACACUUUUUUUUUUCCCUUUCCUUUUUUUUUUUUUUUCCCCCCACAGUAUCCAAAAUACUGUCUUAUAACUAGAACGAAGGAGCAAUGAUUUAGUGAGUCAUUCCACAGCUGGGCUGAUGCUGAACUCUGUAAGCCCUGACCCUACUUUUUAGAUCAAUUGCUCUGAAAGCAACCACGAACAAAAUUCAGAUAGUACUGUAGGUUACAUUCCCCUCAUGCCUCUCCUGGGUUUUGAAACUGGAAAUGUUUUUUUCAGUCUUAUUGUAUAGAUGUUUUGAACUAGCUGAAUGUCAUGUAUAUGUAGAAAAAAAAAUAAUCCAAGCUGUCCCUCCCUUGCUUCUGAACAAGAGCCUGUUAAUGAAGGAGCAGCACAGUCAUUUUUAAUUUUUAGGCAUUUCUGCUGUUUCCAGAAUAAACGGGCAACACUUUAAAAAGGCAAGUAAAGUGUUUUUUUUUUUUGUUGUUUUGUUUUGUGUUUGUUUUUUUUUUUUUUUUUUUUUUUUCCCUCAGUGUCUUAUGAUGGUUUGGGGAUUUCACCCUCAAAUCACAAACUAUUCCUUAAAAAAGUCAGUCUCACAUGACGAUCCAAUUAUCGCUUCUCUGACAUUCUCUGGUAGCCAGAACAGAGCCAGAUCCCUGAAGUUGAGCAAAUACACUGAAAAAGAAAAUCCCUAGAGUGUUUUAGGCUGGUUUAUCUAAACAUCUUCACCAUGCUAAGGCAGUUCUGAUUGUAUAAUUGCACCUGUACUGGUGGAGCAUACACACUUACACGAGAUGGACCAAACCAUGAGCAUUUCAUGAGCAUUUGACAUGGGCAGGAAAGCGAGAUUCAGAAUGUACCUGGUUUGGGAUCUGGUUUUCUAUACCCACCCUGUGGCGCACUGUUCCCCUGGGUCACUGGAGGUUCCCAUUCAUGUGGAAACACCUGGGAGGAUCGUGCCACAUGGGGCUGUCCUCUAGACUGGUUUCUUCAGCUACUACGAGCAUGCUGCAUUUGUGUGAAAGCUGUAGCUUCUGAUUUUACAGUUUUUUGGAAUUCUCAGGGUGAAAUCAUAAGACUUGGCUCUAGGAUAUUUUUUUUUUUGCCUAAAAAAAUCUUGUCUUAUUAAGAGAAGAAAACUUUUAAGUAGCUUAUUGUAUCAUGCAAAGCUUGUCACAUGGGGCCUGUUGUGGAGGGCUUGGUCUCAUGCUGUGAAUACUUAGUACAGGAUCACUGCAGUCUGUAAGCCUGAGGGAUAAAAGAGCAUCACAGCAGAGUGUAAUGGGGCAGGCACUCCGUCAAAUGCAAAGGGCUCCCAUUGACGUGUAUGGGAUGAAGUCAGUGUGUUACUCUGAAGGCAGAGCUUAGCCUGAUGCCAUCACCAGUCAGCAAUAGUUUUGUGCCAUACGAUUGCUUUUCAAUCUUUGACUGUUGUAGAAAUUACAUGUGCACAUUUUGACUAGUGAAUUAACUGACUGCUUAUACUUUGUACAUCCUUUUAACAAUCCCUGCACAAGCUGCAGUUAUCCUCUUUAUAAGGUUUUAUUACUGCAAAUGUUCUCAAGUUUGCCAACGCAGUUGCCAUUGUCAGAAUGAUACUUUUUUUUUGAUUGGAUUUUGUUUGUUUGGAUGUUUGCUUGUUUGGAUGUUUGAUUUUUUUUUGUUGUUGUUUUGUUUUUUGUUUCUUUUCUCUCUCUCUCUUUUUCUUUUCUUUCUUUUUUUUUUCUUUUUUUCUUUCAUCUGUUCAAAUGCUUAUUUUACCUGUUGCCGAAAUAGCUGGUCCUUUUUCGGAGUUAGAUGUACAGUGUUUUGUACAUUUUCUUAUAGACUUUCCAAUAAAAAGAUAUAUUUUCUAUUUAUUUAUUACAAUGGCACUAAGACAACUAAAUUGCAGACAUAUGAAGCAUUUUACUGGAGUUUAGCAUUGCCUAGGUUGUUAAGGAGGUCGGCAAUAUGGCUUUUCUGAUAAUCUGCUUUGCACUUGAAAGCUCUCUAUGUCCGCAGAAUGUGGUAAUGCAUUGACUGUCUGUUUUAUGGUGACAAGAGCUGUUGGGACAAUGGUUCCAAAAGAUUGUGGCUUACAACUGAAAUAACAUGUAGUUGUUUGGAGUACACAAUGUUUAUCAAAAUAAAUAUUCAAUGCAAAUUUCUUAUUUUA